GUACAAGCUUAAACCCAGAUCUAAACAAAAUCAACAAAAAAUAACAGAAACACCCACGAAUUUUUAGGAGGAGGUAGAUCCAGAUCGGAAGGGAGGGAUCGCACCCACGGGACCAGGCUCCGUUCGUCUCCUUCACUACCCCUUCCCAAAAAUCCCUCUGUUCAGGAAGUUACCUAACAAAAGGAGGCUGAAAGAUUGCCGGAAUCUUGCCGGAAUCUUGCCGGAAUCAGCUCGGUUUUCUCCUCCCUCCUUUCUCCCGAAACCCAGAACAAUGACUCCCAAAUCAAACUCCAACAAUCAACCAAAGACCCCCCAAAAAUCAAUACCGACCCCCCCCUUCAAUCUGAUUUUUCUCCAUAUAUAUAUACCCGAAUAAAAGAUAAAAAUAAAGAUAAAAAUAAUAAAAAAGCCUUGCUCUGUCAAUCAAUAAUAAUGCUAAUUUGUCUGGAGCUGUUGUAGCGUGCAGAGGCAAAGCAACAGGGGUGCAGGGAGGCUCGGUGCAGAGUCAUGAUGCUGGCACAGAGUGCAGGCGUGCAAGCAAAGUGGGUUCGGCGCAGCAGGCGGCAAGGGGAUUUGGUGCAGAGGAAGGCUGGCGCAGUGCAGAGCUGGAGAUUGAUGCAGAUUCGGUGCAGAGCAGGUGCAGGAGUGAUGAUUGCGCGGGAUCUAGGCUCAGGAGGCACGUCGGGCGCAGAGCAGGGAGCAAGGGCGCCGGCUGGUGCAGGGGCGAGGCUCGGACGUGCAGGGGACCUGGGUUCGGGCCGCAGGGCGCAGGGCGCAGGGUGCAGGGUCAUUGAUUUUUGGUUAGCUAAGCAACCUCUAAACCCUCAAACCAAUGACAUAUAGAUUGAGAAUGGGACUAAGAUGUAAAGUUCAAAGAAGUUGGCUUUUCAUUAUCUAAGAAAUCCCAUUCAGGGAGUUAACCAUGGCACAUUGACAAUUGAAAGAAAAACAAAACGGGAACAUCAAGAUUCAAGAAUUGCUUUGUUUUUUCUUUUUUCUUUUUUUUUGUCAAAAAAAUUGUCUUGUAUCAUUUUCACAAGAAAAUUUUCUUGUAUUUUGAGAAUUGCAAUGUAUUUUGGCAUAUUAUUUUAUUAUUAAUAAAAGCUCAUCUUUUUAAUAAAAGCUCAUUUAUUUA